CUGCUCUUCUUCUUUUUCUCCCCGACAAGCCCCUCCCCAGCCGUCGACUUCCUCCUUGAAAAUUGGUGACAAAGCUUGGAUAUUUUCCCCUCUUUCUUGUGCAAGAACAAGCUGUGGGACUUAGAACCCUCCCUCUAAAGCUGGAAACUGCCAAUCUGCUCUGUUCUUCCUUCCCGUCGCAAGCUGUUGUGGGUGUGUGGGUGUGAAAUUUUGGGUCUUUUCGAAUUGCCGCCGGCCUCUUCCCCCUGCCAGGUCUGGUUCUGCAGCUAGAAAAAUUCUGGAAUCUCGUGUUUCAAUUGGGAGGGAACAAUGAGGCUUUGGUUAGGUUCUUGAUCCUUCGUUCGCUUUAGCACUUGGAUCGAGUCUUCCGUUUUAUGCAAGUAAGGUAGUGUGACUCGAGACACAAAAACCAAGGGGAGUGACCAGGUAGAAGGCUAGCCAUUUGUAAUCGGAUAUAAGUUUUAGAUAUUAUCAUUCUUUUAUAAGAUAGAUUUUUCCUUGAGAUUUUAUGGUAUCAAAAUAGAUUUUGUGGUAUGGUUAAGUUUCGAGCCUUGUGCACUUGUGAAACCCGUCUCAUAAGUGUACGACGUCUGUUACAUCCUUGGAUUUGGGUUUUGGAGCGUUACAAGAAGGUUGAGAAAAACAUCGAAAAUGGAAUGAGUUUUCCCAAUGAUUCACAUUCACUAUGGGGAGAACUUCCACCUCUGAGUGGAAAGUUGGAGGUUAAAGAUGAACAGAAUACAACAUGGAGUUUCGACUACAGCACGAAGAAUGGUAAGCCAUAUCUCAGUGGUGUAGGCUGGAGAAAUUUUGUACAAAGCAGAGGCAUUAAAGCCGGUAACAUCAACAUGAUCACCCUUUACAAAAAAGAUGAUCCUUUCCGCCCUGGAGAUACGUUCUACGAAAUCAAAUUAUCAAAUUGAGAAAGUGGUUGCCCAUAUAUUUUCAUAUAUCAGUUCAAGUGUUUCUCAGUUAAGUGUCUUCUUUUGAAUAAGAAAUGUUUUUUAGAAUUCGAUUUACAUUUAGAAAAGUUAGUUCGAUAAGAGACACAAGCACAUAGAGAUGAGAGAGAGAGUUAGCGAGAAAAAGGACGGGCCAUACAAUUAGGGUCUUUAUAAACAAGCUACUUCAUAUUUCUUCACAAAUUAUCCGGAUGAUUGGAGCUAUGAUGAGAUGUGGAGAAUGUUUCUCAGGUAUGGUAGGGUCUAUGACAUCUAUGCACCAAACAAAAAAAGCAAGAAUGGGAGC